CUGAUCUCGUCUCGCCCACCGACCAUCGCCCCCCCCCAAGCACUGCCCUGGCCUCGACUUUCAGCUGAAACCCCAACUCUGCCUCAAUGGAGCUGCUCCGCGAAAAGUUUGGCGAUGCUCCUGUUCCCAGCAGCGCCGCCAUCGACCACGAAACAUUCAAUCGCCUCAUCCAAACCAACAGCUCGUCUGCCCCAGGCUCAUCGCAGCGCACUGGCAUCCCCAAGUUCUUCACCAAUAGGCGGACAACAAGCCAUCUCCAGCAGCUGCUGCAGCGGGAAGCGUACGAUGCAUUCUCGGAUCAGCAGGCCGAUAAUGUCUUGUCCGGAGAUGAGCUCGAUAUGCUGUGGGAUGCCCUCAUCUUUGAUGCAACCGACGAAGAAAUCGCACAGGAGGACCGGAGAAUCACCUACACCGACUAUUGCAACAUCAAGUUCCGCCUGCCGGCAAAGUUCCACCAGUACUUUCUGCCGUCGACCUUUCUGCGGCUCUUGAAGGAAGGCCAGAACACCAUCUCCAUCUGCCAGUACUUCAACUACCUCAUGCGCAAAGUGUCGCUCUUUCAGGGACGGCUCGAUCUGGGCGCAUACGACGCUGACUGCGAUGGCUAUCUAACUGAAGAUGACCUGCAAAUGUACAUCGAAGAUCUGAUCCCCCAAAUGAAUCUGGAUGACCUGAACGAGCAUCUGCACAAGUUUUAUGUGUGCACGGCGGUGCGCAAGUUUUCAUUCUUCCUCGACCCAAUGCGGAUAGGCAAGAUCUCCAUCACCAGCAUUCUUCUCUCUCCCAUCCUCACGGAACUGUUCGAGCUCCGGGAUCGAGAUCUGAACGCCGACGCUGUCAAAACCAACUGGUUCUCGGCGUAUUCAUCACUGCGGGUCUACGGCCAGUACCUCAACUUGGACAUGGACCACAACGGAAUGCUGAGCCGCCGGGAGCUCGCAAAGUACAGCAGCGGGACCUUCACCGAACUGUUCACCGAUCGAGUGUUUCAAGAGUACCAAACCUAUGGCGGAGAAAUGGACUACAAGGCCUUUCUGGACUUUGUUCUGGCGAUGGAGAAUAUCCAGACACCCGAGGCCAUUACGUACUGCUUCCGGCUGCUCGACAUCAACUCGUGCGGCUACCUCGACGACUUUGUGCUGGGCUAUUUCUUCAAGGGUGUUUGUGCGAAAAUGGUUGCGUUUGGACACGAAACGCCUCCGGUCGACGACGUGAUUAACGAAAUCAUCGACAUGGCCAAUCCUAAGACAUACAGGCAGAUCCGGUGUCAAGGCAAGUCAAAACCAAAGUUGCACUGGGUGUUUGCGACUGGGUCCCCAUCGAGGACGGUGGCGCUGUGGUUUCGCUUGAUUGGAGAGCGACACGGACUCAUGAUGGUUGCCGUUGCGGGAUACGAACGCGACCCAUGCAAUCGAUAUCAGCAGAUCUGA